AUGGUGAAUGAAAGCAAAGCUUUGGUGGAGGCUGUGCAGGGUGCUGAUGUUGAAGGGCGUGUCACUGUUGGGGUGUACGAGUGCGCCAAAAUAAUGAACGAGGACCCGGAUAGUGUGUCGUUCUGCGUGCUGGCGAUGGAUGAGGAGUUCGAGUGCGACAUCGCCCUGCAGAUCCACUUCACCCUGAUCCAGGCUUUCUGCUUCGAUAACGAUAUCAGUAUCGUGAGGGUGAACGAUGUGCAGCGCCUGGCUGAAAUCGUCGGUGCCAAAAGUGAAGAUGAGGACUGUCACUGCCUCCUGAUCACGACUCCUGCUGAUGGUUCUUGGGAGGACCCGUCUCUGGAGAAGCUGCACAUGUUCUGUGAAGAAAGCCGGCGCUCCAACGACUGGCUCCCGGAGAUCAUCCUGCCCGCUCGUUGAUCUGACCCCGGGUCUCACUUCUGGCUGUAACCCUUAAAGCAAAUCCAUGCAUCUUUUAAACAAGGAUGAUGAUGAUGAUGCUUCAUCCCUGGACGCUCCUGAGGAGGCUAACCGGUCCAGGCAGCGCGAGGCAGGCCCGAGCGGCCCCUCGCGGUCUCGUCGCUUCUCGUCCCGUCCAUGCCAAGAUGGUCCUCCUUCUUUAUGUGAACGAGGCCAGGCAUGCCACGAGAGCGACCCAGCGGCCCUCAUUCUUUGUGCGGAUGAGGUUUGGAGAGGAAGGAUAAAAGCGAGUUUGUGUUUGUCUACAACGCAGACUUCACCAGUGCGUCAGAGCGGCGUUCAGACGGAAAACGGACUCUUGACAUCUAGGACGUUUUUCAGAAAGAACGUGAUUGCUGCACGACAUAACGUAGCUUAUCGUCGGCAAUGUGCUUUCCACUUUCCAGAGUUGUCUUAUUCUCUAAAGGUUUAACUUUAGAAAGAUUUCAUGGCAAAUUCUAAAGGUUUCACUUUAGA